UGCGUUGUACGUCUCCGGCCAUUUUCUCAACGACCAGCAGUAAAAGCGGUUUAUCCUGGAAUAUAGAUAGCAGAUAGAAGUUGCUUGUUUGUAACCGUUAAUCCAAUCGUGUGUGCUAGUUUUCUGGUGCGUGCGUGUAUCAAAUCCAACUCUGUUUCGUCGACAAAUCCCCCCUAUAUUAGGCCCGCGUACAGCGCAACCGGAAAUUGCAACCCACCAACCGUGUCCCGUGUAUGCGAGUGCAAAUCGUGCGUGAUCGAGUGUAGCUUCACUUGCGAAAAACGAAAGAAGAAAAGUAUCCUUUGUGUAUAGUGUGUGUACGGUUUCCCCGAAAGAAAGGAACCACCAAACGUUUAGUGUGAACAAAAAACCUCCAAAUCGUGUCGUUCGAAGUGUCCAUCUUAUUUUCAUUGGCCAUCUUGCAACCAAGGCAAGCUAUUCUUCGCCCGAGGAUAAAGUAAUCCCUCGUCUCGACAGCUAUCAUCCGCGAGCCUCGCUUUUUUCAAACGCAUAAUCAGCAAGAUGACUGAAACGACAGAAGCACCAGUCGUUGCACAGACCGCCGAAACGAAGACACCGUCGCCCACGACCGAGACGGCAGUCGUCACGCCGGCAGAGAACGGUCAUGCCGAGGGCGGCGAUGCGAAAGUGGCUGCCGCUGCGGGCGAAGAACAGACCAAUGGUGCCGCGACCCCGGACGAGAAGGCCAAGGCCGAGGAGAAGAAGGAGGACCCACCGAAGGAGAUGCGCGCUGUCGUGCUGACCGGUUUCGGUGGUUUCAAGAACGUGAAGAUCCUGAAAAAGCCCGAACCGUCGCCCCAGGCCGGCGAGGUGCUGAUCCGCGUCAAGGCAUGUGGACUGAACUUCCAGGAUUUGAUGGUCCGACUCGGUGCAAUUGAUUCGCCACCGAAAACUCCAACCAUUCUUGGUUUCGAAUGUGCCGGUGAAAUUGAAGCUGUCGGCGAGGAGGUCGAAGGUUUCAAGGUUGGCGAUCGUGUCGUGGCCCUGCCGGAAUUCCGGGCCUGGUCCGAGCUGGUGGCCGUCCCGACCAAAUACGUCUAUCACAUUCCGGAGGAGAUGACAUUCCAGGACGCUGCUGCCAUCGUGAUGAACUAUCUGGUCGCCUACAUUCUCAUCUUCGAUCUGGUGUCGUUGCGCGAGGGCAAGUCGAUGCUGCUGCAUUCCGUCGGUGGCGGUGUGGGUCAAGCCAUCGUACAGCUGGUACGCACCGUGCCGAAUGUAACCAUUUUCGGUGUUUGCUCGAAAUCCAAGCACGAAGCCUUGGCCGCGACCGGUCUGAUUGAUCAUCUGAUCGAUCGUUCCGACUAUGUCAACGAGGUCCGGAAGAUUACGACCGAAGGUGUGGACAUCGUGAUGGAUUGCCUGUGCGGUGAGGAAUGCAACCGUGGUUAUGGGCUGCUGAAGCCGAUGGGCAAAUACAUCCUGUACGGUUCCUCGAACGUUGUCACCGGUGAGACCAAGAGCUUCUUCAGCGUUGCUCGUUCGUGGUGGCAAGUGGAUAAGGUAUCGCCGAUCAAGCUGUUCGACGAAAACAAGAGCUUGGGCGGUUUCAAUCUGCGCCAUCUGCUGUACCAGCAGGACGGUUCCGAGUACGUUCGCUCGACGGUGGACAAGAUCUUCGGUCUCUGGAAGGAGGGCAAGGUAAGGCCGGUCGUUGAUUCGGCCUGGGCGCUUGAGGACGUGGCAGAGGCAAUGCAGAAGAUGCACGAUCGCAAAAACAUCGGUAAACUGGUGCUGGAUCCGUCGAUGGAACCGAAACCGAAGCCAGCCACUCCGGCCAAGAGCAAAUCGAAGAAACAGGCAAGCGAGGACAAGGGUGGCAAGAAGGACAAGGAUGAUGAUAAGAAGACGGGCGAGAAUGGUAGCGGUGAUGAGAAGAAGGAAGGCGGUGAUGUAGCCGAAGAAGCUAAGACGAACGGUGAUGCGGAGGAAGGUGGUGCGGCCCAGGUGAACGGAGAUGGCGCUGCAGAGAAGAAGGAAGAACCAGCAGCAGUUGCCGCCACCAAUGGGGAUGCAACGGAGAGUGAAAAAAAGGAAUCGAGUUGAACGGUUAGCAGCAGUACAUCCGCCACAACCUAGAAGCAUUGCAAACAACAACAAGCACAACUAUCCCGCAACCCAUCAUUGAAAUAUAUUUUACCCGUUUUUACUUCCACUGAUACACCUUUACGCCACCUAACAUUGCCCAGCAAAUGGUGGUUUGCUGCCGAAGUGGUGAUAAUAUAGGUGCGCCGGGCGAGUGGUAUUCGGUGUCUCGUAUGCCACGCGUGUUAUCAUCACUAUCCUUUCUCCCACUAGCGUCGUCACCAGGAAUUGCAACGAGAUAUGAGCAGCAAACAGCAAACUAAAUAUAUUAUAAAUAUAUCUAAUGGCAAGCAAGCAUACGAAAAGUCAAACAGCAAACAUCUAUUAACUACCAAACUGCAUCAAUCUAUAGCUAACACAGCUGCGCGACUACAAUAAAUGUCCGCAGGAAGUAAUAAGUAAUGAUCAUUCGACCUAUUGCAUAAAGCAAAUCAGUAUCAUGCGGUGGACGUGAGCAAAAUCUGUACGACAGUAAAUGAACGGACGAACGAAAGACCAUUCAAAGUCAUUGUUUAGGUUUCGAACAAAAAUGUAAAUCGCGGUAGUGGAAGUUAUUGCUUUCUUCACGAUACAAAAAGUGUUCAUCCAAAAAAAAAAAGCUAUGCAAUUGGUUUUGUGUGAAAGUUGAUCUCAUGCGUUUCGUUCUGUUUUUUGUUUUGUUUCGUAAUUAAACAAUCUUUUUUGUCUCCGCCGAAUGCUUACUGAACAACAAAAUUAAGAUUUCACACUACUGUAGUACGAUUCUUAGAAACGAAAACCGAAUGAUUUUGUGCAACAUUUUGAAGGUAUGGCCUAAGUAAUAGUAGCUUGAGAAUGAAUUGAACAGUAGACAACAAGAGAGAAAAAGCGCAGCAAAAACAAGGGAACAAUCAAGAAUAGGAAACCAUACGGAGUUUUUUGCUGCACAACAUACGAUGCGAAUGCGAUUGCAACACAUUACACAAACAAAAGCACUCACCACAACACAAAAUACACAACAAUAUAAUACAUGCAGUUACAGCGCGAGAAAGAUAGAGAGAGAGAGAUACGAUAGUGGAUCAAUUGGAUAUUUCUUCCUUUUUUAAUAUGUGUCAUUUUUUAUGUAAUAUUUAAAUACUAAUUGUAAUAUUUCAUAUUAUACGUUUUGCGUCUCGGAAACAAAAGCUUCCAUUCUGUGUGUCUGUACCCGGUGCAGCGUAAUAAUCGAAAAUUAAUUUUUACGUUUUACACGGUACCGGUUUCGGUUUCAUAUUUUUUUUAUGUAAUUAAUUAAAGUAGAUGUGGAGUUACUUUACCGUAGCACACAGGGCGCAGAGAAGCGUGUAGAAGAUGCGAGGGAAGCGCGAGAUGAACCAGCAAGCGCGGGUAAAUUGGUAGGAAAGCAAAUUUCGGAACUGUCUACAUAAAAGCGAUAAAACAAACAUUGUUAGCCAUUGCACGUUAGAUUCUUUGCAAAUGUUUGUUUCUUUAUUAAAAAAAAAAUUAUCUCCAAAUUAUUCUUGGUAAAUGUAUGGUAGGGUUUGUGUUUUUGGCAACUGACACGCGUUGAUGAAGCUAAUACACACAAACGAACGCGCGAUGAGAGGAAGAUUGUGUCUCAAGUAUAGUAAUGGGGGGAGGCCCGCUCCUUGAUUGAUUUGUAUAAAUUAAAGAAACAAAAAAAAACUGAAUAUAAAUAUCAUUUUUACAUUUAUAAAUCGUCAUUGUUUUGCGUAAACACAACAACGGGAUUAUGAAUGGAUAAUAAUUGUAAAGCUGAGAUUUAUCA